CGUCUUUGGCCCCAGCUCCUCAGCCAGAUCUUGAAUUGUCUGUAGUUACGGCCCUUUGUCGCGAACUCCGCCAAUCUCAUCGACGUGUUCAGUCAAGAUCGUGCUACGGACGGGCUGCAUAAUCUCGCUGUCGAGAUCUGAUCGGGUUCGAAAUCGAUCUCACGCAUGACACCGCGCCGCUGCCGUCCGGUAUUAUCAUUCGAGACAUGUAGCCGCCCAGCUAAAUUGGGCUCCGUUGUAAUACUCGCAUUUGCUACAGUUCGGGUUCUCUCUUGCAGCUCAGCAAUCAGGGAAUCCUGGUCUACGCUUCCUUCAUUCGCUCUCAGCACCAUCAUUCGCUCUCAGCAAUCCAGUCACUAAUCCACUUUUUUAUCCUCCACUUGUAGCGCCAACGAAAUACUUCCUCACGAACAGUACCCUUGAUUGGUCCCUUUGGGCUCACUGGCAGUCACCCCCGCCAUGAACCACCAAGUUCAGGGCCUGGUACUCGUCGACAAUGAAUGGGUGUCAAGACCGCUCGACAUCUAUCAGAUUAUGGCACGAGCACAGCAAGAUGAUACCGACACGAGGGAGUCGGUCGUUCAGCCGGCUGGCCAUCCUCAUAUACCAGGGUAUGGCAUUCUUUCUCGGACAGUGCUGCCUAGCCCUCUUUGCAAGUUUAUCCUCCCCGCAAACAUUCGUCACAAGGAUCUCAACGACAUUGUGCUUGUAGGUGAAGACUCAGUACAGCUGAAAGAGAUCCGUGACUACGGUCGCCUUUGCCAUGUUGCAGUCAAGUCAAACUUCAGCGGCCGUAUCCUUACAGCGCGAGUGUUUGGUGACCCUCGCGAAAUUCAUGCCAACAAGACCGUGGGCAGCCCGCUGCCCACAAAGCAGACCGCACCGAGAAACAUUCCAUCUGCUACACAUACACAUGGACAAGACCUACCCCCAGAAGUGAUUGUCCUUACACUCACAACGCGAACACUGAUGUUCUUGUGGGCUCAGCGCAGCGCUACUGGCCAAUCCUUCUUCCAGCAAAAGACCAUCAAACUCGCCGCAGGUUCUUCGCGCUUCGACCGCCUCGGGCAAUAUCUCGCUGUAGAUCCAAAGCGCAGGGCUUUAGCUGUAGCGGCUUAUGAAGGGCGAUUCAUGCUCUACAAGACGAAGUCCAUGGAUGCAUGGCGCAACGAGCUGCGGAAUGGCGCCGAUACGAUACCGGUCGAAGACGAACGUAUGAUCUCGAUUGGAGGCAGAAUAAUGCACAUGGAGUUCCUAUCAACGGCCGUGGGACAGGACGACUACCAUGUAGUCCUUUUGUUCAUCGUUGCACACCAGGGAUUGACAAAGUUAACCUGCUUCGACUGGGAUUGCAGAUACGACCUGAACACAGCGAUUGCUCGAACAGAAAGAGUUUCAGUAGACCUAGACGAUCAGAAUCCCUCCUUACUCAUUCCUCUGAAGCGAAGCCCAGACUUCUUACUCGUCUUCGACACACACGUGUCCCUUUAUAAAGACGUCUUGUCCGGCGCGCCACAACGCAUCGCGGUUCCUAUCCCUGAUCACAUUCAGCCGUCCCUGUACCCGGGCGACAGCACACAUCGGCCACGCUGGGUACAGUGGGACAGAACACCUCGUAAUCCUGACUUUCCUAAAGAGUCUUUCUAUAUUGCACGCGAAGAUGGUCGGGUGAUGUAUGCAGAGCAGGGUCCGGCUGGUGCUGUGGACCUGGAUGACGCAGGCGAGUGGCCGUAUCGGAUAGAUCAGGCCUUCGCCUGUAUAAGCGUCGAUAACUCAGAGUUUUCGCAGUCAUAUCCCGAUGUCCUUAUAGCAGGGGCUGCCGGCAACGAUGGCAUGCUCUGCAAAGUUGGCGCCUGGCCAAUGGAGUACUCGUACGCUACACAAUACCCUGCUAUGAACCAGUUCACUUAUGUGGAAUCGAUGCCAAACUGGAGUCCACUGGCGGGGCUUUGCGUCACCAAAGUACCUGGCAUUCGGGACCCCUAUGAACGCCAGCGCUCAGCAUUGUUCGUUCCCAACGGGGUCGCACCUCACGGUCAGAUAUCUGAACUUCGAAACGGAUUACAUGCACUCAUCGACGGCUCCUUUGGCAACAUGAAAGGUUGUACUGGCCUGUGGGUACUGGAGCAUGGUAGUCAGACUGUCGAACUCGAUGGCAAAAGUGCAAGACAACAUUAUGCGUUCGUGGCAGUUUCGCUACCACUCGAAACCCUUCUGCUUCGUCUGAUUCGUACACAAUCAGAAGGUCAUGGCGAGUUCUCUGGUGCUUGGGAUGACGGAGUCUGGGAUGUAAACCAACUGCCGACUGAGGAUGAGCCCCUGGAGGAUGGAAUUACACGAAACCAGGAAACCAUCUCCGCAUGUCUCUUCUCGGAUCGCUUCUCAAUACAGAUCACACGCGAAAAUGCACAGAUAGUCACCCGGCCAGCGUUGACCCUGAACGACAGACUAGACUUCGCUGCGCCCAUACUGCUUGCAGCAGCAAAAUAUGGGUUCAAUUUCGUCGCAAUCGCCCUUAAGCGCGACGGAAAGACGUAUCUGGAUGUCAUACCCAUAUUGAGGAACGGCACAUUCGAGAAGACCGACAGGCCGCAUAUGCGCCAUGUGCUAAACACUGAUCCAACAUGUAUCGAGCUCCUCGAGCUCAAUGGGCGCACUCACAUCCUGGUUGGCACGCUUGAUUCAAAGAUUUCUAUGUUUGAAGUCUCGUACGAAUACGCUGUAUCUAUGAUUCUUCAGUCGUCUCUUGAUGCCAGCUCUGCUGGCAGUUCGCGGACGCUGUGCGAGCGCGCGGUCAUACUGACUUCGGGCGAUGACCACAUCCUGGUAUGUGCCACGCGCGAUGGUCUCCUCCUUCGCCGUUCUGUUCGUGACCUCAAGCCAGAGCUUUUCACCGCAUCAGCGGGCGACGCGAUGCGAACAAGCAGAGCUUCGGUGGAGACAGAGGCAACAGAUUGGGUGAUCACAAGAAUGGGCUCGACCUCAGCUCAACUAUACCCGUGCGCUACUGAUGGCGCGGCUGCAUUCGUAUCGUGCGCGUCCGACUUCUGCAGGAUUCGAUUGCCCACGGGCAAGGAGUCUGUCUUGGAUGUUGAAUCUAUCUGGUUCGGAAGUCGCACAAGACCUGGAUAUCUGCAACACCCAAUCACUGCAGCUUAUCAAUUGGGAUAUGAUCAAACGAUCACUACUCCCAACGAACGUAAUAUGGGCGGCUUCCUCUUUGUUGUGUCAGGGGAUCAAAUGCUCUUCACAUACCUCGAUGCAGACGCCGGGCGUAGCGGCAACGCUUCGAUUCUCUACUCCGGUGAUGAGACGAAAGUUUUGCCUCGCAAGCUGAUCACGGGUGCAAAGCCCACACAUGCGGCGUACUUAACGCUGCCGCGUAAGAUGCUGGUGGCAACGACUGAGGCUAAAGAGGCAUCUGCAGCAUCUGAAGGGCACCGAGAGAUCUAUUCGACACUGAGCCUUCUCAACAUACACGAUGACACACCUUUAGAUGAGGUUGAAUUAAAGGAGGAACCGGGCGCUGAACCAACCAACAGACUAGUCGUAGCCCAGUACGGUCUUCACCACGCGGAGCGUGUAUACGCGAUCGCAGACUGGGCUUACGAAGACGAUCGCGGCAAGAAGUACAACUUGGUCAUCGUGAGUACUGGUGUUGGAACAGGCUCGGGCAAGGAGACUGGAAGAAGGUUGAUCUUCAAUCUGGGGCAGCGUGGAUCGAAGCUGUCAUUGCAGAAAGAGUCAACAUACCCGCACCCGGUCUACUGCGUUGCUAUGUUUGACCGACGUGCUACAGUAAGCGUGGUUGGCAACAUGAUACACUUCGACGAAUUCGACGCGUCGCUCGGCAGGUGGUUUACUCGUGGUAUGAAAGAGCUUCCUUCGCCCGGCGUACACAUCACCGUCUCAAGGUCGAAUGUCUAUGUUUCAACCCUACAACAUUCUCACCUGUGUUACGAAGUUACGCGCGGACUUGAAGACUCAAGCGUCAGUUUUGACCAACUCUUCACGGACAGUCGCGAGCGCUCAUGCACACAUCACCUUGCCCUCCGCAACAGUGACCUUAGCCAGGACUCACACACUGAAGAAGAGUCGCUUGUGCUAAUAACAGACAAGAAGACUGCCACAGUUUCAGGUCUGUACAGCUCAGGCGGAAGCACAGUCAUAAAUGCUGCAACAACUGCAUUUGAAGCCUGCCUUCCGCGAACGGUCGUUCGUCUCCAAAGAGGAGACAUUCGUCCACCAUGGCGCAGGCCUUCCCGAUUCAUCAGGACUUCCGAAAAGAAUGUAGGAAUUCUGGUUGACGAUAUCGUUGGUGCCUGCUCAGAUGGCACCAUCUACUCAUUCUCGAUCCUAUCUGGGCCUGCCCGCCAUCUUCUACGCUUGCUGCAGAAUCUCAUCGAGAUCAAGUAUGCUCGUGACCCAGCAAAUCAGUUCACGAUAGUUCGGCAUCGAAGUGGCGAUAUCUUUGGUGUGCUUAUGAACGGCACAGGCGGAGCGCAGGACUGCGCAAUUCGAGCUCGAGAUGUUGAUCCUCGGCUCAAAGAGCGACGGCCGUCUGGAUCUAGAAAUAGCCAUAUUGACGGCGAUGCGCUCUUGAGAUUCUUUGAAGAGGAUGGCAAUCUGCAAGGGCUAUUUUCAAGAGACGUGGAUGGAGAUGUGCCUGCUCUAUUCAUGGAGCUUGCGGAAGAACUUCUGCCUCAAGGCAGCUAUCACAUGCGUCACAGAAACAAAGGAACAGAUGGCGUCUUUGCUGGUGUCAGAGAUUGGGUGGAUGAGGUGCUUAUGCCUCUGUUGUGAUCGAAUUUCUAGGUGUAAAAGCUUUGGACGUAAUGGCCAGACGAUAUCCCAAGUGUGCUUGGGAAGAGGAUAAGGUGAACUGAGGAGGAAUCCAAGGUUUGCAUCUAGCACAGAACGAAGAUCACGAAGCAUUAUCCUAUAUAACUUAAUAUAGUUAGAUGUUAAACAUGCUAUUACAAUCUGUUGCAGCCUAUCCCAACUAUACCUGCAGGGCAACUAGGUUUACGCUUGCUGAGCAAAGAAAAUAGAAAU